AAAACAACCUUCAUUCAAUGUCAAUUGAUCGAGCCUCGUGCAAGUACCGGCUGAAGGAGAAACGAGUGUUGUGACUUUCAGGACCCUUCAGGGAAGAAAAGUACCAGAGCAACGUGUAGCCCUUGAUCUCAGCCAAAAUGAAGUUUAAUCUCGUCCAAUUCAGCAGAGGGUGUUCGAAGGGGCUACUUAUGGCCUUAAAUGUUAUUUGCAUUCUGAUGGCACUAAGCACGUUCGCAUUUGCCGUGGUGGACGCGAGGAUCCUGAAGCAGUACGGAGAGAGCCAGGCCACGGGCACCUUCGUGGGUGACCUGGUCAUCAUCGCAGCCAGUCUACUGCUGGUCGUGGUGGCCUGCCUCGGCUGCGUGGGUGCUGCCAGGGAACACGCCAAGAUGCUUUACUUGUACGUGGGCAUGCUGAUGAUCCUGGUGGUGCUGGAGCUGCUGAUCGGCAUCUUCGUGUCGGUGCAGCGCUACGGGCUGGAGUUCCGCGUCACCGACUGGAUCCGGGACGACUUCUUCCGCAACGUCACGGCUGAUGAUGAAGCCGAGCACCGCCGGCUGUGGGACGAUUUGGAGACCACGUACGAGUGCUGCGGGCUGAACGGGCCGGAGGACUACCGCGCGCUGCUGCAGCCCAUCAGCACGGCGUGCUGCCCGCGAGCCCACCGCGCCCGGAGCGAGCUGGCGCGCCAGCGCUUGUACCAGAUCUGCAUUGAGACUGUGGGCUACAACUCGGGCGGCUGCGAGGAGGAGAUCCUGUACGCACUGCGCGAGGGCGGCGAGUGUCUGCUCGGCGUCGCCGUCAUGGCCUUCUGGUUCGAGGCGGGCGGGAUGCUGCUAGCGAUGUGGAUGGCGAACAAUCUGAAGAAUGAAGUGAAAAUUUACAAGAGCACUGUUAAAUAUUAAUCAUCCAAAACUUUACAUUGCAAUCUCUUAUUAAUAAUAUAAGUAUUUACGUGAAUAAAUACUUUGCUGUCAUUAUUACGUGUAAAA